UCUACAUAGCCAAAUUAAAACUAUAAAAAAAUUAGGCAUUAAUUAAAAGUUCAGAAAUAGUUAGGUAUUGUGCCUACCUGAUUAAUAAUACUAACUAAUGCAGCAAUUUUCUGAGAAGCAGAUCAGUUUGAGAGUUGAUGAAGGGAAAACAGGAAUCUGUAAAGUUAUUGAAUUCUAUCGAACUUGUAAACUGUUCCGUGAGGCGCGGGGAAAUGGAAAUUUGGAGCUUGAUGAAUUUCGGCAAAGAAACCAUGAAGAAGGUAUGUGAAAUUUCUUACAGUUACAGCAUGGAGGCUGUUAGAAAGAUGGACGAAAUUGUUAGAGUUAAAGGCCUCGAAAAACUUGGAGCGUAUAUGGCGGAGGAUGAAGGUCGUGCUAAGAUGGUUUAUUUCAGUGCAAAUUUCGUCAAAAAUGCUUCACUUUAUGCAUUCAAGGAAGCAGCCAACAUCUUAAUUCCUGGUGGGAGGGCAUUUGCCAAAAUUUUCGCUGAAACAGUUCGUGAAAUAGAAAGUGAGUCGAAAAAUAAUGCCACUGGUAAUGUCGCGGCAGAGAUGCUGAAGUUGGGUUCUGAAAAUGGAGUUCAUGUUGAUUCAUUUACACAUCAAACACCUGAAGAUGUCUUGAGAUUCUUCAUGAUGAUGGAAUUUAUGGGCACUCGUUAUCUCGACUCUUUGCUAGUUUCUGAUCAUGGACAACGGAACGUAUAAUUGAAGUAAAAUUUCAUAGUUAAAUUCAAGUUACCUCUUUAUUUUCAAUAGUAUGAAUUCGUCUCAUACUAUUUCUAAAAGUAAAAGAAAAUACUUAAAAUUAUGUCAUUGUAUAGAUUUGAAUAAUACAUAAACGUGCCUUUCUAAACGGA